UGUGUCUGUUGCUUGUCGUCAGUGUGUCCUUGGCUGCAUAGACAAGCAGCAGGUUAGCUAGAGAGCUACCACUGGAUUUGACAGCUAUAGGAAGCCGAACCGGAGGGCGCCAUUAGAAGAGCAGCAUAAUUUUCACCUACAAAAGAUUUUGUCACCCUCGCAGAGUGAACAGUCACACAACAACUUAAGAUGGCUUUCUUGAUCAAGAGCAUGAUUGGGAACCCCCUGUCAGGGAUCGGUCUGGGUGGUGGAGGUGACAAAGAAGAGGAGGCCGCCCCCACAGAUCCAGCCAAAGCAGCAGGGAUGACACGGGAGGAGUAUGAAGAGUACCAAAAACAGUUGGUGGAGGAGAAGAUGGAAAGAGAUGCAGAUUUCUUACACAAGAAGGCAGAGAGGGCAACUCUCAGGGUGUGCCUCAGAGAAAAAUACAGGCUGCCAAAGAGCGAGCAGGAUGAGAACAUGAUUGAGAUAGCCGGGGACGACGUGGACGUGCCCGAGGAGCUGCUCAAGAUGGUGGAUGAGGACGCCACGGAGGAGGAGGGCAAGGACUCCAUCAUGGGCCAGUUUCAAAACUUGCAGAACAUGGACAUGGACCAGCUUAAGGAGAAGGCCUCGGCCACCGUCACCGAGCUCAAGAGCAAAGCAGAGGAGAAGUGCUCCGUCAUGUGAACGGC